AUGACUGUUUCACAGUUUUCAAGCACUAAAAAGGGUGAGAGUUCAAUUUCCCCUGCUAUUGAAGAACUUGGAAGCAAUUAUGAAUCAUCUGAGCCAACAAAAUCAGAUAUGAAAGUGAAAGAUGCAUAUGAAUCAUUGAGUAUGUCCCCUAUUGCCCCUCCUUUUGGAAAUUCAAUUUCCUAUGGUGAAAAGGAACAAAGUAAAAGUUCAAAGUCAGAGAAAAAUGUGAUCAUGGCAUCACCAAUUCAAGUUGCAAGUCCCUUAUCAGCUAUAAGAAGACCAAAAAAUCACAUAUAUCCCCGUUAUUUGCCUAAGAUUACUCAUCAAGAAUUACAGCAAUUAUCUGGACAAUUAAAAUGUACCAUUGUGCCACUAUUUGAGAAGACACUAACUAUAAGUGAUGUUGGUCGACUUGGUCGCAUGGUUCUUCCAAAACCAUGUGUUGAAACAUAUUUUCCUCCUAUUUCACAACCAGAGGGCAUUCCGUUACAAAUUGAAGAUGUGAAAGGGAAUAAAUUGGUGUUUCGAUUUAGAUUUUGGCCAAAUAAUAGCAGCAGGAUUUAUCUAUUAGAAGGUGUAAAUCCUUGGAUUCGAUCUAUGCAAUUGCAAGCUGGAGAUUUUGUGACAUUUAGCCGGAUGGAACCUGGGGAGAAACUCAUAAUGUGGUUUCGAAAGGCUUCAAUUUCUUCUGAUCAGUCACUAAAGGAAAGUGAAGAAACCACCCUAAAUGUGGUGCCUGAAAAUGUUGCUUCAGCUAGUGAUGAUGAUAUGAGUUUGCAUGACUUUACUGUGUCUAAAGGCUUGAAAAGAGGUCUGCCACAACAAGAGCUAGUUGCUCAUGAGAAGAAAAGAGCAUCUGACAUUGAUUCAAAAAGUAAGAGGCUGCAGCUUAUUGAUAACCAAGAUCCAUUGAUGCUGAAACUUACUUGGGAAGAGGUUCAGGGUUUUCUUCAACCAUCCCCAACAGUUAUCCCAAACAUUGUGGUCAUUGAUGAUCAUGUUUUUGAAGAAUAUGAUGAACCUCCUAUCAUAGCAAAGAAGGGUAUAUUCAUAAAUAGGAUGAAUGAGCAAUGGAUACAGUGUGAUAUGUGCUCAGAAUGGAAGAAGUUAGAAGGAUGUGUGGAGAAUUUAUGUGAUCAAACAAGGUGUUCAUGCUCAGCUUCCAUGAAUUGAACUGGAUAAUCUUUCUAAAAAUGAACAAGAUUCCAAUAGCAAUGAUUUUGAUCUAAAUGGCCUAUGCAAAGAGCUGGUUUUUGACAAUGGCAUCAAUUGAUCUUCUAUGUAGCUAAUCACAUCUGGUGGGUGAAGACUUUCAUUGUUGUUGAAGUAUAUUCAUAAUUUAGUUUGAUUGGGAUAGUGAUGAAUUAUUGUUCCCAAAUAAGUUUUCUAUUCAAACUUGUACUUUCUUUGGGAAAAAUUGUUGUUAUUUUGAGACUUUAUG